CAGGAUACGGCAACACGACCCCUAUCAAGCCGACAACCCUCACCCCACCACCCUCCCCCUGUCGAUGACGUCACUCUCGAGACCGAAUCGCCGCAGCACACGGCGGCACAGGGGCUCCGAAAUGGGGAAGCGGUGGGCGAGCGGAUGAGACCGAUCCGCACCAGGUGCCUCGGUCGUCCGCAGCAUGAUAAUGUCAUACCCGAUCCAGAGGCCAGUCGUACUGACCGACACCUGCAGAUGGGCAGCGACGGUCUCGCCCGGCCGGAAGCCGCUCACAAUCACAUAACGCCGGUCAGUCGCACCAGCAUUCAGAUGGCCCCCAUCACAGCGGUAGUCGACAGCGAUGCCCUGAUCCUCUGUGAUGGCAUCGGUCCCUCGCAGUCGGUCAUAGCGACGGUCGAUGAGUUGAUGCACCACCUUCCUGUGACUCACCCCCUCUCCACCCGACCACCAGGAGAGCAGCCUGGCCAUCAGGUAUGCCGAGAAUGAGCGGGAAAACAAUGCACCCCAGCGGAUGACGGGGUCGGUCCGCUUGUAGCCCUCAGCAUAGCGAUGGCCGCUCGGCAGCUCAUCCAACGGCACCACACGAAACGACUCAUUGCCAAUCCGAUAGGCCCCGUUGUCGGCAUGCUGCAGCGCCAGGCUGUGUGUGUGGUGUGUGAGCAGGUGGCCGAUUAUCUUGUAGAUGGCCAUGGCGAGUGGCAGCUGGUGGAAGGCCGCUGCUGUGGGCAGCGAGUCGGCCGACAGCUGAAGGGGCCGCGUCGCAUUUGCAGGGGUCAGCCGGUAGAUGAAGGCCAUCCGAAGGAACCGCCCCAUUGCCCGCCACUCCUCGCCACUACCCCGCUCCAGCACGUAGACCACCUUCAAGCCGGCCCCCACAUCACCGCCAAUGUCGAAGGCCAACACGUCGGCCAGCCCGAGACGACUGAUGGCCUUGUCGAUGUGCUGCUCGACGAGCAUUAGGAUCUCGGCCACUUCGCCGGCAUUGCUGCCAUUGAUCUGUAAGUGGAGUGCGGCGCGUCUGUUGGGGUCAGCGGACAUGGCCAUGUCGGCGGCCUUGCUGAUGGCUGCGCUGCGCAGCGGGGGGACUGCCACCAGAGGGGCGGUGGGGGGCCGGCCGUUGGCAGGCCGGGACGACAUCGCUACCAGGGAGUGGUCUGGAUGGAGAGGCACACACAUGGGAAUCAGACCAAGUGAAUUAGACGGCGGGAUGCUCACCGUCAAAGCUGGGCGAGAUGGCAGCAAUCGUCACGAACCGCGGUGACUCUGCAGACACACAGCAGCACACACAUCUGGGGCGGACGCACGCAGCGCCAUGAUCACCGCACAGCCUCACCGAUGUCACUCAGUCACGAGAGCCGUGCGAUGGCGAGGCCCUCACAGAAUCGCAGACAAAGCGAUGUAAUGAGUUCGUUAUGCGGAAGUCGUCACCGUGGCAGUAGGGCGAGGCGGGACGUGCUUGAGAUCUGCAGGCGGCCACCAGACACGAAGCAGUAGCCAUUAUCUGAAGCUUCUUUUGGCUUCUUCUGCCUCUCUGGCUGCCAUCUCACCCUCCAGUGAGCUGCAAAGGCUCCAAAUGCUCCAGAGGCGCCGAU